ACGUGACGUUCCGCCAUCUUGGUCGAAGCCUCAAAGGUAAACAGAGAAGAAUUAAGCGGGGUGAGCGGGUCAUAUAUCCGGAGUGACUCUAGCGUUUGGCUUUGAUGACGAAUAGAAAACUCUUUCGAUGAAAGAAGCUUCUUAUAGCGGGCCAAAUGGUGAGUAUUGUAUCAGAGGAACAGAAAGAUAAGCCGCUAAUUUGUGGCCAUACUUCGUACGUAAAACGGAGAGAGUUUCUCUCAGUAAUGAUAUCUCGGCUAGUUUGAAUUUUCUUGAGCUUGUUUGAAAUUUUAAGGUUAUAUUCUAGGUGAGUAACGUUUUCUCGUUAGAAUUUAGAUUUCUAGCUUUCUACUCUCCGAAAAAACUUAAAUGUUUGCUCGUGUUUUCGCUUUUAACAGUGGGGAAUGAAAUUCGAUAUAUUUCCAAAUGGACCGGAUAGAAAUCGUAAAAACACGUUAUUAAUUGUUUCUUUUGGUUAGCAAUGAAGUAAUUUACGCCGAAGAUGUUCGUUUUUCACACCAAUCAGUCAUUUAUUUGGGAUAAAAAUAAUGGAUGAAUGAAACAAUAAUGAAAAUAUUCGCCGGUAAUGAGAGCUUUUUUCCCGUAAAAGGCGAGUGACUUGAAUUUCCAUCAUGUAUUGUAAUUCGAAAAAGGUUCCCGACAGGUUCUUUCUUUGUUAUGGUGCAUUCAAAAGUAGUUUACAAAGUUGUGAUGUUGUAUGGUAAUGGGAUUAUUAGUGUAAUCUUUCUUAAAACAUGUUUGCUGUGACAUUGCCCAGUUAUGAAGGAGCAGAAAUAUGAGACUUUCUAUUUUGCAAUCAUCGUUUUUAAUCGGAAUAUGAAAUGCACCAAAAUAUGCGCUCUUCUAUAUCGAAAUGUAAUUUCGCAGCGUGAAGCCUUCAUUUAUUAAGCCUAAAAUUUGCAUCACCAUUCUUUAGUUUGUGUUUUAUCAGAACAAGAAAGAUGUUUCAUAAAGCAAUAGAGACAAGUAAAUAUGUACGUUCAAGGUGUUGUCAUAGAAUGAAGUUAUAUGAUUACCAUAAUUCUUUUAAGUGCAUUCGGUCGUGCAAAUAAUUUUCCGGCGUCAAUUAUACUCCAACACUUUCAAACCUCCAACACUUUCAAACCUCCAACACACAACAUAUUGCUUCACAUUUAAGGAUUCAUUUGAUAAUUUUGCUUACAUUCUUGAGAAUAUUGCACAGUAUUAUAUUUAGAUCUCCAUACUCUAUCACUGAACAAUAUUUGAUGAAUCAAUUGAUGGUAUACUCAUUUGAGAGUGGUCAGUCCUUUUGAAGAGAGGUGUUAAGAUGAAUUUUUAAUCUUCAAUCAUUGUUUUUAUGGCUAUCAGUUUGUACAUUUUCUUGUUUUAUGAUUCAUUGAGAUGUGCUUCGUAAGUAGCUCUUUGGUGUAUUCAUUUUGUAGAUUUAUCGAGUUCUAGUAAGCUUAAACUGAUAUUUUCUAGAGUUUUACCUAUGUGGCCAGUAUCUAACUCAGUUUGAAAUAUUUCCAACAUUUGGAUAGAUACUGUUGUUCAGUUAUUGUUGAUGUGAAUCCUUUUUCAGUUAGGUUGAGAAUUGUCUUACUAUUUACUCUGGUACAAAGUGUAUCUGUUGACAGAUUUGUCGUACUUAAACUUCUCCAAUGUUGUUUUGAUUGCUGAAGACUAAUAUUGGAACACUGCAUUGUGCAUAAUUUAGAAAUAUGUCUGUUAUCAUCCAUGCAUGUUGAUGUUAAUAACAAUUGCCGUGAUUGAAAUUUUUUACACUUGGGACAUGAAGUCAAUUUUCUUUUCGAAGAGGUUUCCUUUCCUUCCUUUACUUUUCGAAGAGGUUUCCUUCAUAUGUAGCUCUGCUGGGUGUUUAAAGGUUUUUGAGUAACAGAGAAUUGACCAGCUAUGUACUGUGUAGAAUGAUCUGCCUCAGUUUUGAUUGCCUGAGCAAUAUUUAAUUCAGAUUUUGAGAAUAUUCUCAAGCCUAUAUUAAAGUUCACUAAGCAAGCAGGUGGGCAAUCACAUAUGGUUUGAUGCUACUCUGGUUUAAAGAUUUAAUGAAAUCAAUGUAACUGAGUAGUUAUGACUCAUAGACCCAACUUUUUCCAGUGCCUUCAUCAGGAGUUAUCUAAUUGCUGCAACAAGAGGUUCUUUUGUAUGCUCCCUAAUUAGUUGCUGUUUUUUCUGACAAGUUAUAAGUAGGGGUCAGGCAGUAGGCCACCAUCAUCACAAUUUAAAGGAGUGUGGGCAGAGUUGAUACGCCAGGCUUCCAAACAAAGGUGCUGGUGUUAAUUUUAGAUUCAACUCACCCAAUUGUAUGGUUAGUUAGGCAUGUGUGCUCCAAGGCAUGUGUGCAGUCAAGGCUGUUACCUGACACUAAUUUCUAGUCAAAACAAUACUGAAUAAAAACCCUGUAGCUGCAUGAAGUUAUUAACUAUAUUCUUUCCUUGAAGGGAAAAGAAAACAGUGCCAGUAGCAAAUCCACGCCAAACAGAACUUCAAGGUCACUUAGAAUGGAUCGUCAUCCAUUUGAAAGUGCAGCUGCAAGAUCUCAAUCAUUUAGUGCUUCAGCAAUCUCUUGUGUCAAACCACUUACACCACUUCAAAGCCCAGCAGAGUUGGAGAGGAAACAUUCUCAGAUUCGCCGCAAGUCUUCUGGAAUUUUUGGGCCCAAGCCAGCUUUGAAGUGUCCAAGGAUUGCCCAGACAACUAGUGUGUUUAGUAAACUUCAGUCAGCCCUUAGGUAAGAUAACUUAAGGGAGAGUUUGGAUUUGAUAGUGAUAGGUUUUUUAGUGGUAAAAAAUUCCAGUUGUCCUUGGCUAAUGUAGGAACCCUUUGUUUAUUGCAAAGGGUUCUGCAUUAGUGUAUGUAAUUGCAUAGGCCAGAGGGCAAAAGUGAACUGGGUAAUUUUGGGAAAACUUUGAAAAUACAAGUGAAAUUAAUCCCUAAUUGCCAGAGGGUACUUGCAAUUACUUGUUUAUCACAUAAAGGGCAAAAAUUUUGAAGCAAUUUCAUUCGCACACAAUGUCCCAGCAAUGAAGCCCUUUCAGUGUGGCCACAUAUGUCAAAACAAAUAGAGUCGAUGAACAUUUUAUUCUUAAAAUAGAGUUAACAAUGUUACAUGGCUUCAUUCAGUUAAAUUGCAAUCAAUAAAUCAUUGCUGCAAACAGUAAAUAGGCUCCAUAAGCAUCAAGUAAUCAAUGACCAGUCCUCUUGAUUAACAAAAGUGCCUCAUGCAUUAUUAAGGAAAAAUGCCCACUGUCUCAGCCAAUCAGCACUCAAUGAUUUUGUGCUGCAUGUGAUGUAACUUAUGAAGUUUAGGUUAAACUUUUAAGAUGGGUGGACUGUCUACUAUUUCUACAUUGAAAAACUAAUCUAAAAAAUAGGUCAAACCUGUACAGUUGUAAUGUCAGGCAAGAUCAUAGGGGUAUUUUUCAACAUGUUUCCUCCCUUUCAAACAAUUUUAAAGAAUGCUUGUUGUCAAUAGUGACACAAUCAGUGUUAAAAGGUUAAAAUCAUGAGAUAGCUUUCCCCUUGCUGAAAAAUCUAAAACUGAAGUUGUAGGCAGAGUUAAAAAGAAGAUGAGCUUGAAAGUUGUUCAGACUUAAUCAGAAAAAUCUGAUGUUCAUCUGUUCAUUAGUUCCUCUGUUGUUAUGAUUGUGAUGCUGACUUUGACUCAUUUGAAAUAAUUGUCAUGGACAAGAUAAGCAAAUAGCACUGUGUGUUUCAACUUCAGUUUUUGCAUGUUUUUUAAAAACCCAAAAUGUUGAAAGUUGAUUUCACCCAUAUACAUUCUGGUUGACCCAGAGUAAGUUGUUAUGAUGAAAGUUUUUUUUAUAUACAUUUUGUUUGAUUUAUGAUUAUGUUUAUUUUGACUUUCAGUGAAUAUGCACAACACCUGAAGGAUGCUCUGAACAGCGUGGAACCUAAGGUAUGUCAUCUGACUGUUAGCACUGAUGUUUAAGAUAAGUAUAUUGUUACUUCGUCCAUGGCAAAUGAUAUCGAAUUGACUUGAUGGUAAAAUGUGUAAUUUUGAAGGAUACUUUAUUUCAACUGAAAUUAUUAUAUAUGAUACUGCAGUGAUACUAGUAAAAUGCAUUUCUUUUUCAGAGGAAAAGGAUUGUGGAGCAAAGAAUAAAGUGAGUUCAUUUAUUUAAUUUUUUGGCAUUGAGAAGUUAGAAAAAGCCAUUAUGUUGGAAAUUAGAAAGCACCACUGUACUAGAAUUUUAGGGAAGGCCAAAUAAAUUGGCAAUCAUAACUUAUAAAAUGCUUGCAUCAGUGAUUAUUUCAUACUUUGAGGUAAAUAUUUUGUUAAAUUGUUGGAUAAUUGGUAGGAAAAUAAAGGGAAACAAAGAAAAGGGAAAUAUUAUAAGAUUUCUGUUUUUGAAAGUGAGUUAUUAUUAUUAAUGAUAAUUUACUUACUAAGAUGGGGUUCUUUAAACACUGGUCACAAUUCACUAUUGUAAAAAUUAAGUUUUGAACUCUGCUAUCAUUAUAAGGGGUAAAUUUUUAAACAAUUUUGAGAUUUGGAGAAUUAAAUGUGGACAAUUUUCCCUUAUAUGAUAGGUUGAUAGAGUCAAGGAUACAGCAGGUAGGUGUUUGCAAGGGAUUUGGAUCAUUAUUAUCUGAGGGUAAUUUGAAUGUGUGGUUGGGAAUCCUUCUGUGAUAGAGGGCCAGACUGCUGACAUCUUGAAUUGGUCAAUGGGACUUUCCUCUCAUCAAAAGUAUCUGAUGAGUCUGUUGGCUGAGAGGAAAUUCUGUGUCAUACCAGCCAUGAAGUAUUUUUUUUUUAAUAUGGCCUGUUCUUGUGAAUUUGUUUGGGUUUUUGUUUUGUUUUGUUUUUUUUGGAAUGCUUUUAUUUUUAGUUUGGCCAUGUAAUAUAUAUGGUGGUUUGAAAUAAUUUGAGGUUAGAGUUAUAACAGUUUUUUUAAUUUUUUUAAAUUUUUUUUAUUGUUAAUGUGGUAAUAUAUUUGGUAUGAACUUGAAGAUCAAUUCAACCUCAAUUUUUUAUAUACUAUUACACUUCAAUGCAGGUUUUGAUAUCCCAUUUCAUGUGAAGGUUUAUCUCCUAGCAUUCAUAAACUGAAUUUGAUGAAAAGCUAUAUCCAACUUUUAAAAGUUAGUUUGUUUGUUAUUUUCCAUCGUGUGCACUCUGCUUCUGUAGCAAUUUUGCUUGAUACAUGUGAACUUCAGGCAAUGUUAACUAAAACUGGAAAUUUGAACGUUUUUUAUUUAUUAAAUUGUUAUGUUAAUCUUUAGAUUGAUGAGAUUUUUCAACUCUACCUCUACGAAGAGAAGAUGAGAGAAGGUAUAGAACCUUUUUGAUAUGAAGUGUCUCUAGGUUGGAUGUCACCACAUUAUCAAUAAUUAAUGAGUUUGAGAACAAUUUUUCAAAUCCUUGUUGAAUUUGUUUUCAGGUUCACGUAACUUACUGCAUGCCUUGACAUCUCGGGGAUCCAAAGGAGGUCAGGAUAAGUGCAGAGGCAGCAUAAAUGCUUGCACGGAGGUACAUUAGAUAAACAAAUUUAUCACUGAUGUGUAACAUUUUGUUCUUAAGGUCUCAAAACUGGACCUUGUGGAUGAAUAGAGUCAAGUCCAGUUCUGUUAGCUUAGUGUUUCAUUUUAUACUAAUGUUUACUGGUUAGUUGCAUAUAGUAUAUAUUGAAAAUGAAUUAGUGUGAAUUGAUAAUUUGCUGAACUUUGUUAGUGUGUGUUGCAUGUUCAUUAUGUUUUUCUGUUACAGAAAAUGUGUGCUAUUGAAGAGGAACUUGAAACUAAACUUGGUGUUUUCAGAUUUCAGUUGAAUGGUGAGUCAGUGAUGACCUCUAGAAGAUCUAUUAUUUAGUAACUUAAAAACUAAAAAUACAUUUUCAUGACUAUCACGACCAUUUUGACCAUUGAUGUUGUCACAUCUUGUCUGAGCAGAACUCACAAUGACCAGUUUCUGAAUUGACUCACUCAUCUUUAGCCUCUGAAAAUGAGAUAAUUAAGAUUUUUUCCUUUUUUUCUUCUAGCUCUCCAAGCAUUUGGAAGACUAUGCAGUGGUGAUGUAUAUGAUGUAUGUACCAAAACAUUAACUUUGCACUCUAAUGAACUUAACAAAGAUAAACUUACCAUUUAAUCAUUUCAGUAUCAAGUGAUACAGUAGAGCCUUACUAACUCAAUCUCAGUUGACUUGAUCUGAUUUCCCUUGAUGCCAUUUUUUCAGUCAUUUACUAUCUGCUAACUCAAACCCUCACUAGUUUUAACCAUUUUUUUGUUUCCCUUUGGAGUUUGAGUCAGCAGGGUUCUACUUUAGUUAUUGAUUCUGUUCAUGGUUUGCCAUACAUCUGUUAUAAUUUAUCUCUGAGAAUUUGGUGUGAAAUAAAACUGCAGUCAAUUUUUUUCCUACUUUACCUAACCAUGCUGUUUGAAAAUUUACUUAUAUUGUGAGGAUGAUUUUUAUAGUUACUCCUGGGUAUAAAAAGGUUGAAGCUGAUAUGAAUAAACAAUUUUUUUAUUUUAUAGAUACAUAUUAGACAUGGAAGUAAUUUUAAAUGGAAAUCAAGGUGUAAAGUAGAAAGGGAAGGUCAAAAAUGGAUAGAUAAUGAGGUACUAAGCUUUUGUAUUUUGGAAUCUAGAAGCGAAAUAUGUUAUAUUUAGCCAUAAUCUGAACAUGAAUGUGAUUGAGUUGCCUGGUAUGAUCACAUAUUCUAAAACUAUGUACACGGCGUAUCAGUGGGUGUAUUGUUUUAAUAAAAAUGUGUAAAGUAAUAUUUCAAAACCUGUUACAAAUAGGCAUUGUCAAAAAAUUUGUUUUUUACUUCAAGGAUGAUUAUUUGUUAUCAUUGUGGGAGAUAUCAUGGCUUUUAAAUUACUCAAACUGAGGAAUUACAUUGUACUGUAAUAAAGGUCUUAAAUCAAUAAUAUUAUUAUUUACUCAUAGAAUAAUAGUCUAGAGUAGCUAUAGAUUAAUUUUUUUCAAAACACUUCUUUGUCAGAGGGUCACUUUUGGUGUGUAUUAACUAACCUCAUUUCACAAGAAAAGUAGUUUAUAACUCUGAUGAUUGCUUCUCCUUAGGUUGUUGAUAAAACAGAUCAGCUUUUUCCUAAAACAAAUCAUUCUCUGAACUUAACCUUAACCUUAGCGAGAAUGAUUUUGAACUUCUCAAUUAACUGUGCUUCUGGUUUAAACCAUCAUCUGCAUUAUCCACAGGGGUCGGGUGGCACAAGGGAUAGUGAACUGUACUCUGGCUUGAGAGGUCUGGGUUUCAGACCUGGCUGGAUCAUUGUGUUGUGUUCUUGGGCAGGAGUAUAAAUGGGUACUGGUAAAUCAUCAGUGAAGCCUCAGAUGAAAUGCUGGGGGUUAAAACCUUGUGAUGGACUGACAUCCCAUCCAGGGGGGAGUAGUUUUACUCCUAGUCCUUUCAUAAUAAGGAAACCAGUAGAGGUUGUGGCUGGUUGGGCCACUUGAAUUGAGUACAGACUCAACCUACAUUUACCUAACAAGGAAGUACAUGCACAAUAGUUCAAUUGUGUGUUUUUGUUUCUAAGCAUAUCAACUACAAGUUUGUCAUCUAAUAUUGCUCUAUUUUUUUGUUGCUACAGUUCACAUUGAGACCAUCAAUUACAGAUGAAUUUUCUGUCAGGGUAAGGGAAUUCAAGAUUAUUGCAAUUGUGGUUAACAUGGAUCAAACUUAGCUUACUCUUUUUCAUAAUUUUUGAUAGGUCAUUGAAAUGAAAAAAAUCCAAGCAAAUGUUCAAAUUGGAAAUAUUCAUUUGAGAUCAAGAAAUUACAUAAAAGCUAGACCACAGGUAUGGAACAACCACCAUAUAUCCCUUUGUAAUUUUUUUCUUUUGUUAUAAAUAGUUUUGCCACUGCAUAAUAAGGCUGAAAGAUGUAUUGCAGAUGUAGAAACAGCACACAUAACCAAGGUUUUGGAAAGAGUGCUAAAAACAUUGAAGUUAUGGAGAAAGUUAAGAAACCUAAUGAGACAAAAAUUAAAGAGCCAACCACUGUGUGUUGUUUAAGUAUAUAUCACUCAGGUGAAAAGCACUUUUUCGUGUGUGCCGAUUGGUUACUUCAGAAGUGAUUAGCAAAUGCUAUUCACCUCUGAGCAGCCAAAGAGGCAAGCAUGUCAAGAAUUCGAUUUCCGACCAUUUUUCAUUAUAGUGACUGACUGAAAAAACUAAUCACUUUAUCCACAUUAUCAGAAGCCAUGUCAUUGGUUAUAUUGCUCCUGAAGAUGACUUAUGGCAAAGAACUUGCACAUGUAUAACUUUGGUUUGAUAUGUUCAUUCUCUUAUCUGGAUUAGUCAGGUUGUGAGUAAGAAAAAAAAAUGAAAUCUUAUGAUCUCCUUUUUAUUUUAGAUCAUGUCUGUACCUCUGAACAGCACAGGUUCAAUGAAACUUAAAAUGACAGUGGAAUGGAGGUAUGGAAAUUAUUAGGAGCCUAUCUCUAAUGUCACUGUUUAUUUAAACCUUUUGAUGUACAUCACUGAGAUACCCUACUGGUCCUGGUUGUGCGAAGGGCGAAUAACGGAAUCAACGGAAUAAAUCCCAAUGCGGUGGAUAGGGCAUUUCAUUUUGCUAACUUUUAUCUGCUGGAUAGCGUUACCUGCCCUUUGGACAACUGGGGCUUGGCCUUCCAUUGAUCUGUAUUUCAGUGUCAAUAUUUUUUUGGAUGUUCAUUUCAGACCGUUUUCUGGGAAAGAGGAGAAUACAUUACGUUCUAAGCGACAGAGUCUGUUGUCAGAAGUUAUCUUUAUUCAGCCUUCCGAGUGUACAAUACCUUCAUCAGAUUUACCUCGCAGCCCUACCAAACAAAAGAGGUAAAUUUAUUUGAUUGGUUUGUGUAGAACUUUCCAUCAAGCCUUCAGAGCAGACUCGAUUUUGGCACGCGAGUGCUCAGUGUUUUCAUGGUGAAAAUUAUAGCCGUCAUCUUUGAUUUUUGCAGCAGAAGAAAGGCUGGGGAGAGAAAGUAAUUUGCACCAGGGAGGUAGGGACGGUCAGAAGGAAGGAAAGGGGAGGGGUGGGGUAAUUAAAAAAAAAAAAAAAAGGAUUCAAUCCAAAAAAUUCCCAGAACAUCAACAACUGUAGUAAGGCCCGGUAUCAAUUUUUUUUUUGUCUGUUUGUUUUCUUUUUCCAGUGACUCAUGAGACGUACUUGAAGACUGAUUGAUUUGUUUAAAUGGAGUUAUUUAUGCAGUUUCAAGAGAAUGUCACAUCACGCAAAGAUAUAAAUGUAUGCAAAUCAUAGUCACAAAGUGUGUUUUUUUUUCUGUUCGUUAACAGCCUUACUGAAGUGGAAUACAGUGUUGAGAGAAAUGAGGACAAGCCUUUAUCUGUAGAUGAGGUAGGUUUUGUGGUUGGUAUAACAAACAGUUAUGCCUUCGUAGUUCGUUUAAGAACUUCUUAGAAAGGAGAGUGUUCGUCCUAAUAAAGAAAAAAAAAUGACUGAAGAUGAGUUAGUGGCAGAGGAAGGAGUCCGUCUGUUUAUUGAGUAAUUGUAAUUUCAGUCUGAUUUUUGACCACAGGAGGUAGUUGUUGAAGAAGUGACAGAUUCAUCAGAGUUGGUUGCUGCAGGUCUACCCGAAGACGACUUCAAUGGAAUUGCUCCAGAAGAACCUCAAGAAUUCCGUCAUGCCACAUCCUUGGAUAGCGCCUUGCAGCAUCUUAUUCCCACAUUACAGACUAACAAAGGUUUGUUCAAUAGAGAAAUUUCUAGUUGAGUAGCGUGAGGAAUCCGGGAAUGCAUUUGUUUUACUUUGCUCUGUGAUUGGUCCAGAAAAAGCGCGCCACUCUCUCAACCAAUCAGAUGCAGGAUUCAAACCAAUCACGACGACUUGGUCACCCGCGUUUUCCCGCGCUUUGGGUAGAUUGCCUGUAUUUGCUUCGAGUUCUCAUUAACUCCUGGUGAAGUUUACCCUGAUGUGAUUGGCUGUUGGGAUUGUUCGGUUUUGGUUUACGACAAUCAAUCGAAAAGCGCUCUAAGCGACGUCUUUUUAGAAGAAAAUUAGUUUCUGUUAUUUCUUCUUUCUUGGGACACCUCUAAUCAUCGAAGACUUCGCUCAAGAAGCACAAGGAUAGUAUACUUUGUAACUGCUACUUUUGUUGAAAUGAUGUAUCUCUUUGAGAAAAGCCCUAUGUACGUGUCUUUCCAAGGGUUCCCCUUCAAUGGAGGUAAACACCUAACACGGUAACCUUAAUGUGGACUGGGUAUAGUAUGGCCGCACUUUAUUUAGUGGAAUUGUCAAGGAAUGAGAAGUGUCCGUGAUCCUACGAUUUAUGAUACAAUGUAGGUAUUCAAGAUUUUACUCGGAUGCCGUCGCCACGGUCGGAACGCGUGCGCGAAGAACUUAGUCUUGAACGUGAAAUGGUGGCUUGCAGUAACUGCAAACUUUCUACGAGAGAUGAAGGGGAACGUAAACACAUCUUUUUUCAACCUUUGUUGUUAGAAGUUUACUUAUACGACCUUUUUUUUUCCUUUCAUAGAUCAAUUUCCCGAGCUUGAUGACGUGAUCACGCUUCUAGAAAAACUAGAAGAACUUGUCAAGGUAUGAAACCCCUGCAUUUAGUGAAUGUGGUGUUUUAUUACGCUGAUUUCACGGGUUUUCAAUGUAUAACUUGAACGUUUGUCGACAGAGCAUUUCGUUAUUGAAGGUAAACAAAGCUUCGUAACACUACAGGAGAUCUCUGAAGAAAGAUAUGUAAACCUUAGAAGCCCCCAAACUGAAUACGUGGUCUUAUACCUGAAGCAUUCGUAACUGAGAAGCGUUUUUGUUUCUUUUAUUUCCAGAAAUGUUCCUUAUUAAGAUCUUCCAUGUCUCUUUCUGUGGAAAGUGCACUAGAGAGCUUUGACUUCUUAGAGCAGGAUGCGGUGGACGAGACAGAAAGCACUCCCCGCAGUACUGGUAGUGGGGGAAGCGGAUAUCAAGAUACUGGUUAUAAUAGUACUGAUGACUAUUGUAAAGACUUUGUGGGCGAGGGUUCGGCUGAUGCUGGUUACAUUGUGGACUUUAUGAUGUCCGAGAAGACCGCUGGAAAUUACGGGGAUACAAAUGAUGAUAACGGAGUAAAUGGAAUCGAAGACAGUGGAUUACAAAGUGAGCACCUUGAUGCUGAAGAAAACUCCGAUAGAAACUCUUUGAAUGACUCUCCAAGUUGUAUUUCUGAGAUCUUUUCGUCAUCAUCUUCGGCAGUGGAGAAAUCGGAGUGUUUGGACAAGGCUGAGUUAGGUUGCGUUCCACCUAACACCAGUUCUCCUAGGAAACGGAUUGAAGUAGCAACGGAACUGAAUGAGGAGAGUCCUCAACACAGUAGCCUCAAGACUCGGUCAUCACGGGCCACAAGUCCUAAUCUGUCGUCCUCGUACGGCCACGAAGCUACAGUUGGUAGUAAACUUUUGGACAAGGUAACAGUUCAAGUAAUUGUUCCACUCACGGUUAAAGGGUCACAUCUAGAGGUUUAUAGUCUCUAUACUUGCUCCCUAUUUUCUCUCUAUUUUUAAUUCGUUUACUCAUUCAUAUCUUUGCCUUUUGCUCCCUAGGUCGUCCUUUGUCACUUGCAAUUUUGUGAAGAAGUCUCUGUGGUAAGACAAAGAGUUGUUUCAAAUUGAAAGUCCACAAUGACUUACCCUUAACAAGCUGAUAAGACUAAAACUUCGCUCUCUUUCCUUCUCACGGAUGUUAAAAGAGUUCAAAGUUAUUUUUAGGCAAAAUAAUUGAACCCCAAAGGAAAUGCCGGGUUCAAUUAAAGGAAAACUAUGUUUGAAAGUAAAUUUUGGUCGGUAGUUGAACGCAUGUGUGCAUACGUGCGUACGUGCGUGUGGUUUAUAUCUGAAUUUCAUCGGCUGAAAAUUCAGUAUCUUGAUUAUGAUUGGCUAAAAUGCAUAUGCUGGUUAUUUAAACUGUUAAUCUUUGGUUUGAAACUGUUUUAUCGUUUCUGCUUCUUGCUAACGUAUAUAAAAUGUUUUUUUUUCCCAGCAUCUUGGAUCUUUUGGGCCCAUGAAGUACAAGGUUGGUAUCAUGGUUUUUAAAAGUAUUUUUUUAUUGUUUGUGUGAUUGUUUUUAGUCACCGAAGUGUUGUUUUAUCUCGUUCUAGGAAAUGCAAGCUCUCUCUAAAUUUCGACAACAGAAGGAAGUUCUUAACAGACUCAUCACGUUCAUUUUAUCACCCGACCCAGUCAGUGAGAUGACGCUGCCAGCAAGUGAGUGAAUUAUAUAAAAGCGUUUAAAUUCAAGUCACGGGCGCGUCCAUCACUCCCAUUGGGUGAUGGACGCUACUGAGUCGAUCGCAGCCUACCUCAACAUUUUGUUAAAUCUCGCUGUGGAUCUGCUCGUACCCAGUUAUACUCCCUGGUGUAUAGAGGCUCCUAGAGAGUAAGUCCAUGACCCAAAAACACCUCACCUGCUCAAUGGCGCGUUCAUUCAGGGUUGAAAGCCGGACCUCGUGUGAAGUGUCGUUGGGCACGACGUGUAAUUUCCACAGUGCUUCUUUUCAUCCAGGAGUAUGAAUGGGCAGUAAUUAACUGUUUUAACCCUAAAAGUGACCAGCAUCUAAGUUCUCCUCCAAGUGUCACCACUAAAUGAAACAUUAAGGUCAUGAGAAUAAAGGAAAUGAUCACCAACUAAAGAAGCUCGUGAUUGUACAUCAAAUUCUCCUUGUCAUUACCUCAGGAAAUGUAUAAAGAACAGUGUGGAGAAUAUGCAUACUGAUGUUAGUGUGCAACCCCUGUGGAGCAGGGAUACUCUUAGUCCCUUUAUGCUACAGAAAGCCGAUUUAGCUCCAGAGCCAGGCGAAUGAGUGUUGUAUGCACAUGUUAUCCUUUGAAAUUGUCCUUAUAGUGAUGUUUUCUCUUACAGUUAACCCUCGUCUGGCAACAAACCCUGCGUUAUCCUCUCUUUGGGAGAAAACCUGUAAAGGCUCAGUAAGUGCCUUAUUAUUUGUUACUUGUAAUUACCGAGCCACAAGUGUUGCUGUGUUACUGGAGGUCUUUUUUGCUUUUUUUACUUCAUGGAAGCGUCUGCCCGUCAGCCUUUCCAUUGACUGACAGAAGUUUUUUGUUACAAGAAGCAGACCAUCAAAGUGUGAUUCUGUAACGAAACUCAUUUGAUUGCUGAUUUUAUCUUUUUGAAGCUGUUGUUUACUACGGCUGGCCAGCUUGUGAGCGGGUUUGAAGACACCUAUAAGAAACAAAUAACACAGAGUUACAACAGAGUGGUAGAGAUAGGUUAGUACACUAGUAAAACCAGAAAAUGUGGUUCAACUUCUCCAUUUGUAGAUCUUAAGUUCCUAGCUUAUGCAUCACUAAUCUUCCUCGUAGUCGUUGGUUAAUCUCGUCAUGCAACGCGCAACGCGUUUUAGACCCUCCCCAAGUCUAGUCAGGCUAUUCGGCUUUUAAACAUCACCGACAAAACAGGAGUUGUUUUUGGACGAGUACAAAUUGCACCAAUUAGCCAGAAAAAUAUGAGCUAUUCUGUGAUUGGCUGCUAUGAGGACAGGAAGCGGUUAUGCGGUGUCAACCGUGAGAAUCCUAUUGGGGAAAAGAGCAUAUUGCAUAGCAUUACGAAUUUGAACAUCGGCUACGAAGAGACUACCGUGACAUCCUCCAGUCGGAGGAAAGUUUCGAAAGGCACGAAGGUGACACCAACGCGCACGCUGUGAAAGAAGAAGCCUAAUGAAGGAAAAGGCGGCCGCGCCUAAGAGAUGUCUUCAUCACCCUUUGUGAAGCAACAACAUUUGUUUGUUUACUCUUGUCGUACGGCGUUCUCAACUUUGCAGUUGUCACUGCAGUGUAAUUUGCAAUGGUUUUAAGGCUCAUUCGGACGGUUGGUUUUUCUGCAUUCUCUUGCAGUCUUUCCAGUUAUUGUAGCACGUGUUAUCCAUCAAGAUCCUGAUUUGACUGAUGUCCAGCCCGAAGAGGAAGAGCUUGUGAGCGUGUUUCAGUUUGAGCAUUACUUCAUGGACUUGUGGAGGUCAGUUUGUUCUCAGUUCAAUGCGUUCGCUUUUGACAGUGAAUCGUAGUACUCAGAUGUAAGCACUACUUAGCAUGAUUUUGCCUAUUAUUUUCUAUCCGCAAGCAUGAGUUCUAGAACAAAGAAUAUGACCAAACUGAAUUGUACUCAAGUCAAAUGAAAUUCGCCACUCGCGAAUUUUGAGAAGCAAUUCUUACUCAUCGCGUUUUCCUUCACUCGAAAUAUUUGAUGACAGCCAUCGUGUAGCUCCCUUACACUGGUGUACCACACAAAAAGUUUGAAAGUAUUAAAAUUUGCGCGAAUUUCAUUUCUGAUUUUGUGCUGUUUGAGCAGGACAUCGUUGAAAUUUUUUCCCUUAACAAAUAGUAGUCACCCUGAACCGAAAAUUUUGUAACCACGAAAGACCAAGUCUCGCCCAUCCACAAAUAAUUUAUUCUACACGGUUGCCAAAAAUGUGUUUUUUCAGUAACAUAUGUUUUUGGAUCCAUGAGGUUUCGCCCGUAAGUUUUCUGUCUCAUGCAAUUGGUAGCUCGUUAAUAUUGAGGUUGAACAAUAGGAGUCAUUGUGAACUGCAAAUCAAGGAAUGUAAGGAUUAUUGUGUCCUUCGUCUUGCUAAACGUUGAUAACUUUUGAUAUCUUGCAGGCCCAACUUGUCCAAAUACAUCGACGAGGUGGCUUAUGAACGUACGUGGACCUUUUGUUUUUACUUUUAUUUAAAAGUCAUGUCAUUAGUUUUCAUGCGUAAUCGUGUAGGCUUAGGGGAAACUACGGAUUGAUUAGCUUUUUUAAAUUUAUGUGCGCACUCGAUAUAUGCAGUAGAAGUACCGCUCGUGAUUUUUUAAAAUUACGAGCCAUACAGAUUUCUACUCCAUGGUACUAAUGUGCAUUCUGAUGCUUUUUUUCAGUUGUGAUCUGUAAGCGCCUGCGUUCCACUGAAAAAGAUGCUGUUGUUGCGCAGGUAAACAGAUACUCUUUUUUUCUGUUUUGAAUAUAAAGACCGUUUUAUUUUACUUGUAAUUAGGUUUAAGGGAAUUCAUCACGGAGAAUCCAAGGAUGUUAAUUUUUGGAUUUUUGUUUACUCGCUAAAGUAAACCAGCGAGAAAUACCGCAAAUCAUCUCCGAUAUCGCUUAUAUGCAGUCUUGCCCCCAUCUGUUUAACUCGACUAAUUAGAAAAUCUGAAAAUAUACGUUCCUUGCUGCUUGAAGGAAAACAAAAUAGUCCUCUCGGAGCACAGAGGUAUGUUCCCAAAGGUGGGGGAAAAAAAACAAACAGCCUGUUUGGUUUGUUGAACUAUCGGGCGAUUAGGUCAUUAGUUUUGUAUUUAAUUGUUUAUUUAUUAAUUUUUCCUACAGCUGAAGCAGUACACGGAGAUACCAUUGUCCAAAACCUGUUUUUGUCCUGUGCUCUGCCUCUUGCUAGACAAUGAUUCUUUUGUUGCCCAGGCCGCAGGUACGCCAAGAUGUCACCUUGAAGAUGUUUGAAUUAUCAAGUCAUUAUGAUCCCAAAUUUUAUUUAGCACCCUAGAAUGACAAGCAUCUUAUUUCACCUUACAGUAAUUUUGCUAAAUCAAAUAUUAAGGUCACUAAUUUAAACAGCUCCUGAUUGUCAAUCAAAACCUCCUUGUCAGUACCAAAGGAAGUGGGUGAAGAGUAGUAUGGAGAAUAUACAUACUGAUGUUAGUUUGUGAAGGGAUUAAGGCAGGACGGCGAUGGAUAUUUGUUUCACAUAUAGAAUAGGAAAGUAAACAUUAGUAAGGCUUACCACAAGGGGCAAGUCGUGACGAGGCUUUUAUUUGAGCCGUUAACACAUCAGUUGGGCGAUGCUUCGCUCCAAUCUAUAAAGCCUUGUGUUGGAAGCGAAGCAAAUUAUUAUGGAAUCUAUCUUCCCCUUAAAGAAAUUGAUAAAGAUUUAUGUUAAACGUAUCCUAGAAUCUGAAGCACAUCCUUUAAACGUUUUUUAGAAAAGCCAGGGGAUCAUGGCCAUAAUCUAAGAUCUUGUAAGACUAACCCAGCGCACCUCAGAAUACCUGUAUCACGCACUGUUAGGCACAAACAAUCAUUUGUUCGUAGAGGUGCUAAACUUAACUUGAUUUGAUAUGUAUAUAUAAUAUGUAGUGUUUUGAAUUUUUAUUGUAAUAUUACCGUAAUUCUUAUCGCCAAAGGUAAUAAAUAAAGGUUAUUAUUAUGUUAUUCUGAUAUGCAGUCGGUUCAACCAAUUUUAGAAAACGAUCAAAAUAUUUGCUUUCAACAGAGUCCUAUCUAUCGCAUUUGAAAAAGAAUGCUGACUUGCGCAGAAAGGUGAGUCAAGUCCACACCUUUGUUUUACCACCCGUCACGAAAGCUUUGUAUCAACAACAUCCUCUCGGACCACCAUUAAUGCAGGUUUCUCAUUUUUAGAAAACACUGGUUCGUAAACAAAUAUCAUACAUGUAAAACGAACAAACGUGGAUUCUGAUACCUUCCCAUUAUGUUUUUUUUCCAGGCUAUUAGUUUGAGUAUUGAGGCCCUUGAAGAAUCUGAGGAGAAACUACGGGAAGGAGCAUGCGUGGCUCUCACAGUGCUUCAGGUACGCACCACAUGUUUGUGGAUUACGCCGGUGGUUCGCCACUGUAAUUCCAUCGUUGACUUAAACUUUAUGUACUCUACAGGCCAGAGAUGCCGUACCCCAGCUGUUGUAUCUAAGCAGAUGUGAUGUACAAUCUGUAAAAUUUGCUGCACGGAAGGCUCUUUCAUUCCUGGGUAUGUUCUUUGACUUUUUUGCCAGCAUCUUUUUUACAAACAGAAAUAGAUGAAGUGGUUCAGAAAGGCCAACUUUGCUGUCUCUCGUCUUGGCAUGAUCGCCUUUACCGACCACCUCGUACAUUCGGUCAAAAGCGCGGUUUAUAGCUGGCUAGUGCUUUAUCGUCCCAUACCAUGAUUGACAGUCAGCUUUGUGGUCGGCGUCGCGCUUCGCGCUUCGCAGUCGUUCUCGCGCGCUCCUCCCACGUGCUCCUCCCACGCGCUCCUCUCGCGCGCUUCCUCGCUCAAAUUAAAAUUAUGGCUUUGGGUACACCAAUAAAUGGGCGAAUUUUACGGAUGACAUGUCCGGAACACGAAGGCCGGGUUUUAAAAUUGUUCGUCUUUAUCUUGUCUAAAGCAACAUCUUGUCUAACUGUUUACUUCCUUUUUUUUUUUUUUUUUUUUUUUUUUUCUUUCGCUCAGGAGAUGAAGGUGAAGAUGCAUUGAGACAAUCUGCCAUGUCAUCAAGUGAAAUAGCUGGACUAAUAUUCUAAACCAGUUGUAUUUACUCGGUCACGUUCCCCGUGAACGUUCGCGGAUAAAAGAAAUGCCAACGGUCUACGGACAGAAGUGAUCUUUUGUCACGGUGUGCCUUGAAGCCCUGUAUGUAGUGGAAAUGUGAAGAUAAAUUACAGAUCCUUUUUUCUUACCUGAAGAUUAACUUAAGCAGAAAGGUAAAUUUUGCUGUUCAAAUUAGCAGUAAGUGUGUUAUUAAGUCAGUGAGUCUCCGAUCUGCGUACGACAUGUAAUUUAGCCUCACAUGGAGUACUCUGAUUACCCUUGUCUCUGAUAUCAAACUAGUUUUGAUGUUACUAUAAGCAGUCUUCUAUAAUUAUUCUGAUGUAUAACCAGCUAUGGUUUUUAAUCUGACAGUCUCGGAGUACGAGAGUUUCUAAGCUGAUAGAUUCUGAGCAUGAAAAAUACAGGGCACUUACGAUUCUGUACUCAGUAUAGAAUCGUAAGUACAUGUUGCAUGAAAUUACGCAGUAGUGUUAUUCGGGAUUUACUCUCAUUUGCUGGAAAACGAAAUUCCGGUUUGAGAUCAUUGAUAAUAGUGCUGGGAACUAACUUUUUGCGAGUGUUAAGUCCAAGUAGCAAAUCAGUAGCAAGCAAAGAAGCGCAGUAUAUUGAAAUGAUUUCGCGUGUCGAGUAACCAGGUGAUUCGUAGAUGGAUAUUUUGAUUCAGUUCAAAUACGAACUUAUUUUUACGGAUCUUGAGACCUUCAAAAAAUUCAAGGUAUAUGGUAAUAUUUGGCUGGUAUUUAAAACUGUGAUAAUGCAGUUUGUCCGUACAUGUUGUGUGCAAGAUUUA